AUGCGUCCCGCCUCUCUCGCUGCGGCUCGACGCGUCUCGCGGGGCCUCGCUGGCCCUGCACGGCGCAGUUUCGUCACUUCGGUCCGACGGAGCCAAGUCGAGGAGGAUGCGAUGGCCCGGCUAACAAGCAAUGCAGUCUUGUUCAAUGCGAUCAAAUCUGGUCGCCUGAUUGAACAGGAUGGAAAGGCUGUCUCAGUCAUGCGAUUCAAACGUCCCGCCUCGAACGGUCAGCCGGACUCGAUCGUUCAAAUGGAAGUCACGAAACCCGCGGAGGCUUACCUUCACACGGAGAAUCUGGUCUUGUGGUCCGCCGAGCAUGGUCGAACCACUCUGCCUUUAUACUACCUGCGUGAUCUUUGCAAAUGUCCUAAAUGCGUGGACCCUCACUCGAAGCAACGGUCUUUCCGUACGAGUGAUAUUCCCAAGGACGUCCAUCCCCGAGUCGUGCGAUGGGAUGGAACACACCUCGAGGUGGAAUGGGCUAAUGAUAUUUCCGGUUACGGACGGGACCAUACAUCUCGCUGGAAUAUUAAAUACCUCAGAAAACCUAUCCUGGAUCCUCACGAACAAACCUCUCCGAAUAUGAAGCCUCUUCGGUGGACAAGUAAUCUAAUGAACCGGUUACAACAUUGGGUAUCGUAUGAGGAUUACAUGAAGGACGACGCAAAGUUCGCCGCAGCUAUGCGCAACCUAUCUCGUCUUGGUCUGAUCUUCGUGAAGGAUAUUCCCGAUUCCCGCGAAAUAGUCGCCAAGAUCGCGACUCGGAUGGGCCCGCUGCGCAAUACCUUCUAUGGCGAGACGUGGGACGUGAAGACUGUGCCAGAAGCUAAGAACGUCGCAUACACAAACCAAUUUUUGGGUUUCCACAUGGAUCUCAUGUACAUGAACGAGCCCCCGGGUUACCAGCUCCUCCACUGCUUGGAGAACUCAUGCGACGGAGGCGAGUCGCUCUUCGCCGAUACAUUCCGUGCUGCCAACAUCAUGAAGAAUGAGUUCCCCACUGAGUACAAGGCGCUCUCUCGUCGCCAUCUCGGCUACGAGUACAAUCAUGACGAACACAAGUAUCACAACACCCGGCCUGUGUUCCAGCUCGAUCCCAAAACAAAGGAGCUUCGUUACGUCAACUACUCGCCACCAUUCCAGUCUGCUCUACCUGAACACGAGGGCAAAAAGGGUUCUGGUAGUCAAAGCUACCCAGAUCUCAAGCGGGCAUUGAGCCAUUUGAUCAAGAUCAUGGAGGGUCAGCAUUCAGUUUUCCAGUUGAAAUUGAACCCCGGCGAGUGCGUGAUCUUUAACAACCGUCGCAUUGUUCACGCUCGCAAUAAGUUCAAUACCAGCUCUGGCUCGCGUUGGUUGGCUGGUGCGUAUGUGGAUGAAGAUGCGCUGUUGUCUCGCUACGCUGUGUGUGGUGAGAAGGAGCAUACUUCUUGGAAGGCUGCUGAUCCUUUCGUGGGUCUCGAGGGACUCCGCAGAGAUAUCGCGGAGACUUCGGCACACGAGGCAAAAUUGGCACUUGCGGAGGCUCGUUUGCGGGGUGGAGAGAAGGGUGUUGAGGAGGCUGGGCCUCUUGGGGAAGUUGGUUCUGCUUUGCAGGGACAAGACACGGAGCCUGAACCCAUUAAGCAGAGCAAAGUCUCUGAGCUGGGAAACCCCAACUUGUAA